UAGACCAUAGUAGACAAGUCAUAAGUCCAUAGUUGGGGUAACACAAUCAACAUUUUUCCUUAUCUAUUUUAACGAUAAACGAACGCCUACGCAGUACGCGGUCUCAAUAAGUUACAAGUAACAACAACCUAACAUUAUAACAGACACAGGCAAGGCAGCUAGAGUGACUAUAAUACUUAAAGUGACUUCAGUGACGCCUCACGCCUGCUGCAGUCGCCAUUAGAAUUUAGGACGCCGUUAAUUUCAAUUUUUAUGUUGAUAAUCGUCCGUUAAUUUUUAAUAAUUGUACUUCACUUCUUAAAGGUGAAUACAUGUAAACAAGAUGAAAAUAAUAGUACUGCUAGCUGUGUUAGCUAGUUCUAGCAGUUUUGUAUACAAGCAUACUGUAAAUCUUGAAGAAAUAAACAAAAUUUUUGGUUUAUCAAACUGCAUUGAAGGCUACCUGAUGGCGGAUCAUAUUGUUAAAAAUUCUGAUCAUAGUUCAGAAUCGCAAGGUGAAAAUGAUUUUGCUUCAAAUUCAAAUGACAAGGAUAAAACUCCAAUGUGUCUUGUAAAUGAACUAGCAAGAUAUAAUAAGAUUAAACAUCAGUACAAACUGACAAAUGAACAGGGUCCUCCUCACAAAAAAAAGUUUACUGUUACUCUUCAAUUAGGAACUGAAGAGUAUAAUGCUGAUGCAAUGAGCAUUAAAAAAGCCCAACAUGCUGCUGCUGCUCUGGCUUUGUCAAAAACUAACUAUAAACAGCCUCAAACCAAAAUGAAGCUUAAAUCUACUGGUCAUUAUAAUAAUAUAACUCCAACAGUGGAAUUAAAUGCCCUAGCAAUGAAACGUGGAGAGCAGACUACUUAUACUGUUGUGGAGACACCACAAUAUGUAACUAACUCUUCUACAACUCCAUUGUACAAUGGAUUUAAGCCAGAUCUAUACUCGCAUGCAAGAAAUGGACCAUUUAAUACUUUUACCAAUAUUGUAUCUAGAGGACCUAGAUGUAUGCCAUUUGUGCCAAAUUUUUACAGUUCACGUUUUACAGUUCCUCAGGCGUCCAAUGCUUACAUAAAAACUGAAGUCAAAUCAGUUGGACUUUACAAAGUAAAACUACAAAUUGGAAAACAUGAAUUUCUUGGCCAAGGUAAUACAAACCAAUUGGCUAGACAUGAUGCGGCUUUAAAAGCUCUAACACAAAUUAAAAACGAAGAAAAGAAUGAAAAUAUCAAAGAAGUACUUAAAUCUGGUGAUUCUAAAUCAGUAAUAUCUCAAGUGUAUGAAGUAGCCCUUAAGAUGAAAUUGCCGAUUAAAUUUGAAGUAUUAAAAGAAGAUGGUUUGCCUCAUAUGAAAACCUACAUCACAAAAUGUUCUGUUGGAUUGUAUAAUGCUACUGGAGAAGGCAAUGGAAAAAAAUUGUCCAAACGACGUGCGGCAGAGAAAAUGCUUCAGACACUUAAAGAGGCAAAUGAAUCCAUAUUAGAUGAUAAUAAUAGUUCCCCAACUCUUCCAUUGGCCCCUAAAAAUCGUUUUAAAAUGCCAAGAAGAAAAAACCGAAAUUUAAUAAAGGAAACAAAACAAAAUACUGAAAAUGUUGAACCUAGAGUGGAUAAUUCUGAUAAGACAGAAGAUAAUGAUCCAGUUGCCAAACUAUAUAAAAUACAAUCAUCGAAAAAAGAAAAAGAGCCAAUUUAUGUGCUCAAAGAUGAUGUCAUAAACUCAAAUCGCAAAAAAGAGUUUGUUUUUGAGGUGACAAUUGGACAACAUACUGCUUCUGGAAUAGGUGCAAAUAAAAAAAUGGCUAAACGUCAAGCAGCUGAGAAAUUAUUGAUUCAAAUGGGAUUUGAGAGCGAUUUAAAACAGCGGCCUAUUAAAAAUAGUGAAUCCCCAUUGGUAAGUCAUGAAAAUAAGGCUAACAUUGAUAGUCCUCGGAAGAAUGGACGACAAAUAGCUCCAGGUGUUUUGCUUGUAUCGCCCGAGACAUCAGCUUCAAAAUCGAAUUCAGUUAAUGGCGUUCCAUUAGUAACUGUAGCUAGUAAUAUUGCUAAUGAUUUCUCAGUUACUAACUAUCGACCUACAGAACAAUUAGACUACUUUUCCAAAAUGCUUGGAUUUAAAGUCCAAUAUUCCGACUUCCCUAAGGGAAAUCAAAAGGACUAUUUAACAUUAGUCUCACUAUCAACAAUGCCUCCUCAAAUAUGCCAUGGAUCUGGCAUCACUCCAGAACAUUCACAAGAUGCCGCAGCAUUGAAUGCGAUAAGUUCUUUGAUUAAUCUUAAUAUACAAGGAACACAAUCAAUUGAAAAUACUCAAAGGCCUGUUACUAGUUACUCAAUUCAGCAAAACCAUUUUAAUAAUAACCCUAUUACGAGACUUAGUUAAAUAAUACUUUAAAUAUAAGGUAUAGUACAAUACAUGUUUUUUUUUUUUUUUUUAGUAGCGACUACAUUUUAUAUUAAAUAAUACGAUAAAAUUAUGUGUCGAUUUAAUUACAAUUCUAACUUCAUUAAUUAAGUUUACUCAGCAUUUUUUUAUUUUUAUUUUAUAUUUAGUUAUUAAUUAUUUUGUUAUUAAGACUUGUUUUCAAU